GUGAUACGGAACUAGAGAGCCACCAUCUUGAAAUGAAUCAGAAGAGGAAUUGAUAAAUAAUAAAGGGUGCUUAAACCCGAAUUUUGCAUGAAUCUUAUAUUGUCAGAUACGAACAUUGUUAAAUAAAUUAACACCAAUGUCUUCAGGCAAUACUUUACAGGUAAAGUACUCGUUCGUUUUUCAGAUAUACAAUCUAAUUUUCUCGUUUAUGAUCGCUUGUCGCUUCGUUGGGGGAUUUUAUGAAAUAUUGGCAUAGGUCGUGAGAUUUUUGGUCAUGACAGUUUUUGAAAUAUCAUAUUUGACCAUUAAAUCAAAUAUUAUUCUGGAGGUAAUAAUCAAUUCGGGAUAUUUUUAUUUAAAAAACAUUGACAUUUAGACGUCACUUGGCCUGGCUAGUUUGACAAUGUUGUUUAGACGUCAUUUUACACGUUCUGAUACUCUGAAGAAGAAGAAAAUGCUCUGUGAUAUUUCUUAAUUCACAAAUGAAGUAAAAGUUAUCAAAGGUUGAUUUACAUUACAAUUAAAUAAAACGCUGCUCUACAUAGGAUUGCUACAUAUGUUAAAAGGUGUAUUUAUGUUAGUUAUUAUAUAUUAAAAGUAUGUCGAAAUGUAUUGUACAUUUAGGUUUAAGUCAAGGAAUUUUAAUUUUAGUGUGUUUGGUUUUGAAUAUUGAUUUUCUACAAUUGGUAUUGGAAUUAUAUUAGCAAUAUCUAUUUUUAGAAGUCUGCGAGUCCCAUGAUAGGCAUGUGAUAUUUACAUUAUUAUAUCUAAUGACUAUGUAUAUCGGUGAUCAACAAUUAUAAAAGGGUACCUUCAUGACAUUGUAAUAUAUUUCAUAUGAGAAGGGUGAGGAUAUACAGCUGUUAAACCUUCAGUAUGAAUACUGUAUUUGGACGCUAUGUGAAUGGAUGUGGGGCAUAUGUGCCUGGUGCUGCUUUACUUAAAGCCAUAGAGCUGGUGACCAAAGCAACAGAAGAAGACAAGAAUAAGAAUUAUGAAGAAGCCUUACGACUUUAUGAACAUUCAGUGGAAUACUUUUUACAUGCUAUGAAAUAUGAAGCACAAAGUGAGAAAGCUAAAGACAGUAUCCGAGCUAAAUGUGCACAGUAUCUAGAUAGAGCUGAGAAACUGAAACAAUUCUUGAACAAAAAGUCCAAAAAACCUGUAGCAGAUGGAGGGGGAUCCAAUAACAAAGGGAAAUCAACAAAGAACAAUGACUCUGACAGUGACGAAGAGGAGGGCGAUCCAGACAAAAAGAAGUUUGAAAAUCAGUUGUCAGGUGCUAUUGUUAUGGAGAAACCUAAUGUAAAGUGGGAUGAUGUCGCUGGGUUACAUAUGGCUAAAGAAGCUCUUAAAGAGGCAGUAAUUCUACCAGUCAAAUUUCCUCACCUCUUCACAGGUAAAAGGAAACCUUGGAGAGGAAUUUUAUUGUUUGGUCCUCCUGGUACUGGAAAAUCCUUCCUAGCCAAGGCAGUGGCUACCGAAGCUAACAAUUCUACCUUCUUCUCUGUUUCUUCAUCAGAUUUAGUGUCAAAGUGGCUGGGAGAAAGUGAAAAAUUGGUGAAAACAUUGUUUGCACUAGCUCGUGAAAACAAGCCCAGCAUUAUUUUCAUAGAUGAAGUGGAUGCCCUGUGUGGGUCGCGAAGUGAAAAUGAGUCAGAGUCCGCCCGAAGAAUCAAGACAGAAUUUCUGGUCCAGAUGCAGGGAGUGGGCGUUGACAAUGAUGGUGUUCUUGUUUUAGGAGCCACCAAUAUACCUUGGGUUUUGGACUCAGCCAUUAGGAGAAGAUUUGAGAAGAGAAUUUAUAUUCCCCUGCCUGAAGCCCCUGCAAGAACAGAAAUGUUUAAACUUCACCUUGGAAAUACCCCCCAUAAUAUUAGUGAGGAGGAAUUUCGAGACCUGGGAAAGAGAACGGAUGGAUACUCAGGAGCAGACAUAUCUAUUGUGGUUCGAGAUGCAUUAAUGCAACCUGUCAGAAAAGUUCAGACAGCCACACAUUUCAGACAUGUUCGAGGUCCUUCCAGAGAAGAUCCCAAUGUGAUAAUGGAUGACCUAUUGACUCCCUGUUCCCCUGGGGCCCCUGGGGCCAUUGAGAUGAGCUGGACAAAAGUCGAAGGAAGUAAAUUACUAGAGCCCAUUGUGUCGAGGAGUGAUAUGUUGUCGUCGCUGGCCACAUCUAAACCUACAGUGAAUGAAGCAGAUUUGAAGAAGCUGGAAGACUUCACUGCUGAUUUUGGACAGGAAGGAUAGAGAAUCUUUAUGGACCUCUUUGUAUUCUGUGUACUGUGUGUUAGAUUCAUAACCCUUAUGACAGGUGACAAAGUUAAAAACAGAGAGGGUGUUCUCCAUUCUACCCUCUACACCAAAUAUCUGUUAUGAAUGGAACUGUUCAGUUGUGUGAGCUGCUCAUAUUUAUAGACCACUGUACCCCCUCAGUGGGUAACAACUAGGAACUAAAGAAAACUGUGAUAGAUGAACACAGGAUGUCCUCUUUUUGCUUAUAGUAUGAUUGAUUGUGUGAGACAUAGUUCUUUUUCUGAAUGAGAGUAUACCGUGUUGUUUUCAGGCUAUGCCUAGAGAAUGUUAAUCUCAUUGUGAUAAUUCUGUAAGAUUCUGAACAUACCUGUAAGAAAUGUUCAGUCCUCCUCAUGUACACUUUGUGUGUUUUCUUGAUUCAUGCAUAGUUUUGUAAACAUGGCAUUAGUAGUAUGCUGUUUGUGACUUUUAAAUCUACUUGUAUUUGCAAUGUAUAACAAUAUCAACAUUGGUCAGAGAAAAUAUGCGACAGAUAUGUAAAGUUGUUAAUAAGAUGUAUAAACUGUAAAAUUAAAGUAUGGAAAUGUCA